AUGGGUUUAGUGGUUGACCCAGUUGAAAAGCUGACUGAGGAACAGUGGUCACUUGUUAAAGUUCGAUCUGUACAGCAGGGAGAAUCAGCUCAACCCUGUGCAAUAUGUAAAGAAGCAUUUCAUCUCAAGCCACAGGUCUUGCUGUCUUGUUCGCACAUCUUCCACAGAGCUUGUGUCCAGACGUUUGAAAAGUUUUCAAGGCAAAAGUGUUGCCCCGUGUGCAGAAAACAGAGCUAUGAGACACGGGUGAUCCAUGAUGCAGCAAACCUUUUUCGACACCAGUGUGCCACCAGGAUACAAGCCUGGUGGCGAGGACAUACUAUUAGAAACUGGUACACAAAUGUCAAGAAAUCCAUAUGUCCAAAAGACAAACUUCUCCGACAUAGAUUUUUUGUAGGAAAGCGUGUCCUGGAGAGAAUGACGCACCACGUGACAACUCUGCUUUAA